AUGUAAUAAUAAAAGAAAACUUAAGCUCCAGCUGUUUUAAAUAGAACAAGAUCUCUUGGAAAGUAAGCAUAAUAGAAACCAUAAUAAUAAUAAUAAUAAUAACAAAUAUAAUAAUAGCCAAAAUAGGGAUUUACUUAGAUGCCAAGUUAAAAGUUGACUAGUAUUAAAACAGUUGAUCCUUUUUCUGAUAAAUCAAAAUAAAAAACGUAGAAUUAAAUAAUAAUAAAAGAAAUUCAUUUGCUUAUGUUUAUAAUGCAGGUGGUAUUCCUUGUAGAGUUAACCAUGGUUGUAAUACAAUGAAAUUAUAAUGGAAUUAAGGAGUUGAGAUAGGGCAUUUACCUUAUGAUCCAUUAAUGGUUACGUGUUUUGAAGGUUUGAUUGAAGAAGCACAUCCAUAUUGUUUUAUUGCUACAAAUGCAAUAAAAGAUAUGCUUAAUGAAUAAGUUUAAAUUUAAAUUUUAUAAUGUUUUAGAAUGCAUAAGAAAAAGUCAUACCUAUAUUACCUAAAUUAGUUUGGCCUUUAAGAACUGCAUUAUCUAGUUAAAAUGAUAAAGUUUUUAUGUCUUCUUUGGAAAUUUUAAAGUAAAGUUUUUGUAUAAAUGAUUUAAGAUUACUCUCUAAUAAUAUAGGUUCUCAUCUUAACAGUCAUCUUAAGAAUCUCUUAGUUCCUCUAAGUAAAAGAAUGGAUAGAAAGAAUCAGAAGGAGAUUAUAUAAGAUGUUUUGAGAUAGAUAUAAGAAAAUGGGGUAAAGAUAUUGUAUCAUAUUUGAAGGGACCAGAUACAUUGAAAUUGAUCAAAGCAGCAAUUCCUACUUAUACAAAUAUGUGAC